CGACAAAACUGUCUGCGUUCUUCGACUGCUUUAUACAUUUUCAUUUUGGACCUAUUUACACCCAGGGUGACUCUGUUUUUUUUUUUUCUUCUUUCACAAUCAUGCUGAAGAAAUAGCCCACUUCCUGUGAAACACUUACAGGAACCAAAAAAAGAGGAAGAGGAAGGACAGGAGUAGACUGAGAGGUGAUGGACACGACUGAUGAGAACUGCAGUGCUGUCAUCGAAGAGGACAGAGAUUUUCCAGUUCGGUGCACCGAGGAAAUUCUUCUCCCCGUCUUCACAGAUGAAAGUGUGCAGGUGGCCAUGGACACACAACAGGCUCCAACCACCCAGGUCAUCCCUUCACCUGCUCUCCCAGAACUUAAACUGGUCCUGCUGGGUCGAAAAGGAACUGGAAAGAGCUCGGCAGGCAACACCGUCCUGGGAGGAGUCGGAGGAUUCGAGAGCGGGAAGCCGACGGAGGAGUGUGUGAAAAGGAAAGCGGACGUGGUGGGGAGGAAAGUCACAGUGGUGGACACUCCAGGAUGGGAAUGGUACUACCCUCUCAACAGCACCCCCAACUGGGUAAGGAGGGAAACUUUACGGAGUGUGUCACUCUGUCCUCCCGGCCCCCAUGCUGUGCUUCUAGUGGUGCGAGCCUGUGCCUCUGUCACAGAGGACUACAUCAGAGAGAUAGAGGAGCACCUGGAGCCGCUGGGGAAAAGAGUUUGGGACCAUACGAUGUUACUCUUCACGAGGGGAGACGAAUUAGGCCUGAUGUCCAUGGAGCAACGAAUCCCGAUGAGCGGACAAGCACUCCAGGGACUCCUACAACAGUGCGGAAAUAGAUACCACGUUUUGGAUAACCGGUGCAAAGGCGACGGGACGCAAGUUACAGAGCUGAUAAGGAAGCUGGAGGUGAUGGUGGAAAAGAAGGCCGGGAGCAACCAUUUAGAGAUGGAUAACACAGUUCUGUUGGGACUUGAGGCAGAUGGGAAGAGGAGAGCGAGGGAAAGAAGGAAGAAACAGAGGCAGAUGGAGGAGCAGGUGCAGAGAGGGACCAUCAAAGCUGCUCUAAUGAGCGACGGUCUUCAGGGCUCUGAGCUGGACGCCCACCAGUCCUUCUCCAAGGCUCCUCGACGUUUACCCGAGGUCAGAAUGGUUCUCCUGGGCGAGCGGGAAACAGGGAAGAGCUCUGCUGGGAACGCCAUCCUGGGCAAAAUGGACGUCUUCCAGGCAGGAGAGGUGUCGGAGGAGUGCAACCGUCAGCAGGCGGAGGUGGCCAUGCGCUUGGUGACGGUGGUAGACACUCCAGGCUGGGAGGGAGGAAUAGCUGGGGCCACGCCCGAGAGGGUGAAAAGGGAAAUCAUUAACAGUGUGGCCUUGUGUCCUCCGGGACCCCACGCACUGUUGUUGACUCUGAGGGUGGACACGUUGGUUAGAUCGGGGCAUGUUAAGGAACAUCUGGAGCUUCUUGGUGAGGGCGUAUGGAGGCAUAUUAUAAUGUUGUUCACCCACGGGGAUCAGCUUCGAGAAGGGGUGGACAUUGAGCAGCACAUCCAAGGAGGAGGCAGGGAACUCCAGUGGCUGCUGGAGAAGUGCAGGGGAAGAUACCACGUCAUUAGUAGCUUAGAUGGAGGAGGAAAAGGAGGCUCCGGUAUGGUGGCAGAUCUCCUGCAGAAGGUGGAAAAGAUGGCCGCCAUGAACAGGUGUGAGGCUUUCUCUGGUUUGGUUCAGGAGGUCAGGGAUCUGAGCCGGCAAAGAAACGAAAAGUUCAAUCAGCGUCUGAAAGAGAUGGGAGAUAAAAUGCAGCGUCAGGAUGCAGAGUUGAAAAACGUGCGAGACAGGGAGAUGAAAAGCAUCAGGUGGUUUUUUGACAGGAAGAAGAAGGGGAAAUCACCUGGGAAAGCAGACAUUCAAAAGGAAGAAGAAGAGGAGGAUGAGGACAGGAGGGUUGGCGAAAGACGGAACGAUAUCGGGGAUCUAGAGGAAAGGAUGCGAUGGCUGACAGAGGACAAAGAAAGAGAAAUUCAGGACCUGAGCGUAGAGAACGAAAGAAUCCGGGUUGCACUGAACCAGAUUAGAAAAGAAAGAGACACGGGGAUGCUUAACCUAGAGCUAAAAGAGAGGGAGAUUGAGGAGCUGCAAGAAAGACUUGAAGAGCAGCAAAUAAAGCUUCUCAACCUCGAACGAGCUGGUGUUGAAAAUGAACAUGAGAGAAAGCAGAGGGAGGAUGUCAUCAAAGGAGAGAAACAAGAGUGGAAGAGGCAGGUGAAGAAAUUGGAGGAAAGUGUAGAGCAACAGAAGGAAGAGAAAGCAGAGUGGAUGGGAGAGGUCGAGUCUCUAAAAACAGAAAUGGAAGCUAUUAAAAUACAGUAUUAUAACACUCUGGAGAGAAAAGAAGAAGAAAAACUCAAAGACCUGGCAGAGUUAGAAGACAAACUGAAAUCAGAGAUGAACAUAAGGCUGCUUGAAAAAGACAAAGAGAAGGAACAACUGAGAAAGCAAGCCUCGGAGGAAAAGCAAAAAUCCCUAGAUAGUAAAGCAGAAUUUGAAAAAUACAUGCAGAGGAAAGCUAAAGAAAUGAAAUCACAACAUGAGAAAGAGAUGGAUGGAAACAUGCGUGAGAAAGAGAAAGAGAUACAGGUCGUGAAACUGCAGCUUCAGGAAGAGAUGGCAAGGAGAAUCAGCGAAAUGGAAAGAAAGAUGGAGAAAGUGAAAGCUGAACACAAAGGAGACAUCGACAAGAAAGUGAAAGACAACGCUGAAAAUGUGGAAAGAGCCCAAAAGCAACAUGAAAAAGAAAUGAGGGACAUGAGACAAGAGAAACAAAGAGAGAUUGCAGAGAUUAACAAGAGCUUUGCAAAGGAAAGAGAAGAACAAAAGAAGGCCAAAAGGAGAGAGAUAGUAGAAUUGGAACAAAAGUACCUCGUCCAGUUAGAAGAAAAGGGAAAAGUUCAUGAAAAAGAGAGGGAAAGGAUCCAUCUAGAUCACAAAAAAGACCUGGAACAAAAUGUGCAAGAGAAGAACAACGAGGUAGACGUUUUGAAGCUGCAGCAUCAGGAGGAGAUGGAAAGACAAAUGAAUGAAAUGGAAAGACAAAUGAAUGAAAUGGAAAGACAAAUGGAGGUAACGAAAGCUAAACACAGGGAAGAAAUAGAUCAAAUAUUGAGAGAAAAGUCGAAAGUUGUAGAAAAUGUCAAAAAAGAGUACAGUGAUCAAAUAGGGGAGAUCGAGCAAGAGAGACAAAGAGAGAUGAAAGAGCUGAAAGCAGAGUUUGCAGGAGAAAUCCAAGAAAAGCAAAGAGAGAUGAUGGAUUUAGAGCUCAAGCAUGCUGCUCAGAUUCAAGAAAAAGUGCUAGAAAAUGAAAAAGAGAAGGAAGUGAUGAAGGAAAAUCUCGAAAAACACAUUUUGGAGAAGAUGCGCGAAAGAGACAGGCAAACUGAGGAGUUAAAACAUCAUCAUGAUGAGGAAAUCAAAGAAAUUAAGCAAGACAGUGAGAGGGAAAAAGAAAGGCUUGAAAGGAGUCUCCGAAAAGAAAUAGAGCAAAGACUGGAGGUGAAAGAAGGAGAGGUAGAGGAGAUGAAAUCAAAUCUUGAGGAAGUCGAGAAGAAACUGCAGCAAAUGGAGGAGAAAGAAACGCAUUUUUUAAAUAACAAGAAAGAGAUGGAGCAGAGACUGCAGGGAAGAGAAGAAGAAAUCAAAAUGAUAAAAGAGCAGUUAAAGGAACUGGAGCAACAAUUGUGUCAAACCAACGAGGAAAGGGAGAGAGAUGGUUUAAAUCACAAGAACCAGAUGGAGCAAAAACUUGAAGAAAAAGAGAGAAUUAUAGAAAAAUUGAAACAACACAUAACGGAUAUUGAUGAAAUCCUUCAAAGAAAAGAAGAAGAGAGAGGAGAAAUUAUCCUCAAUCAGAAGAGAGAGGCGGAACAAAGACUGCAAGACAGAGAGCGAGAGAUGGAAGAGAUGAAACAACAGCUUCUGAACGACACAGACAGAAAAGUUAAGGAAAAGGAAACUGAGAUCCAAAGACUUGAACAACAGGCCGACUCGAGGGAAAUGGCAUGGAGGGAAGAGCAGAAGAAGAAGGACGAGAGAGACGAAAAGGAGAUGAACAGACUCCUGGAGAUCAUCGAUGUGAAAACAAACGAGAUCGCACAAGCUCAGCGACUUCUUGGAGAGAGAGAUGCAGAGUUUGAUAAGACAUGUGGGAAGUACUUGAAAGAAAUCCAAGAGCUGAAAGAAAGCAAUGAAAACCUCACUGCCGCAAUGAUCGAGAUGCAACAGCGUCAAACAGAAGAGGAAAUUAUAAAGAACACCGAAACGAGUGAGAAACUUAAAGAGAAAGACAACCAACUUGACCACCUGGCACAGAAAGAUCAAGAGAAUGAGAAAGAAAUCGUCCAGCUGAGGCUGACCAUUGAGCAAACAAAGUCCGAGCUGAAGCAGCUCACCGGCAAGAUGGAGAAAGAGAUGACGAGCAUGAUUCAGAAUUACGAAAAAGAGAUCGCGAGACGGGACGAGGACACAGAAUCCUCAAGAGAGGAGAGAGAUCGAGCUCUGAGCCGUUUGGAGGAAGAAAGUCGGCAAAGAGUUUCAGAUGUUGCUGAGGAAUUGGAGGAAAGUCGGAGGAAAGUUGACGAGCUGCAGGAACAAAAUGAAAGGAUGAGAAUAGAGACUGAUAACCUCAAGUUAAAGUGUGAGGAGCAAAAGAAGGAGAAUGAAGAAGUUAAUAAACAUCUCAAGGAACAUGAAGAUAACAGAAAAGAUGAAAUUGAAAGUAUUCUUGAAGAGAGAAAUUUAGAGGCCAGGGUGUUGAAGGAAGCAAAUGACAAACUACAGGCACAGGUGGAUGAAGCAGAAGGGAAAUUGAAGGAAAUGAUUGAAAAACAAAGUGAAUCCAGAUUGAAAGACAAGGAGAUCGAAGAGGAGUUAUAUCUGAGGGGAAAAAAUGUAGAAGAAAGGGAGCAGGCUCUGAUUGGAAACAAGGAGGUGCUGAGGAAAAGAGGAAUUGAGCUUGAUGCAAAAGAGGAAGAGCUUGUUGAAAGAAAGGGAAAGUUGGAAAAUAAGGAAGAAGAACUAUGUAAAUGGGAAAAAUUUAGAAAGACACAAAAAGAACAAGCUGAAAAGGAAAAACUCGAGAGCAAGAGGGCAAAAAAUAUCCAGAAAAAGGAAAGGGAGCUAGACAGCUUGCUUAGCGCUCUGGAGGGCAAACAGGUGGAGCUCAGCUCUCACGGUCAGGAUAUUCAAAAGAAGGUAAAAGGACUGAAAGAUCAAGGGAAAGAGCUCAAAGAUAGGGAGUACUACUUGAGAAACGAGGAGCAGGAGUUGCUCAACUGGAAGUCCAAGUUGCACAUCCAAAACGAGCAUGUAAACUCUACAACCCAACAGUUGGAUGAAAUGGGGAAAGACUUGGCUACGCUGAAGGAUGAACUUCAGAAAAAGGAGAAAAACAUGAAGGCUAUGUUUGAGAAACUGAGAAAAUGGGAGGAGAAUCUGAAAGAACGAGAAGACGGCAUUAAUGAAAGACAUUUAGAGAAUAGAGUAGCUAAAGUUGAUCGCUCAGAGGACAACUUACUUUCAGUAGAUCAACAGGUCAGCGAGAAGAGGGGGAAGGGAAGAGGAAGGGAGUCGGAUAGGGGACAGGAUUCAAGAGACAGGGAGGAUGAUAAGAUAGAAACCGCAGCGUCAUCUGCAAAGAGCAACAACUGUCACAUUGAAACCUUGAAGGAGAAAACUGAGGAAAAGGAAGAGAUAAGAGGAGGAGAAGUCGGACAGAGGAAGAAACAAGGCAAAGACAACCUGGAGAGGACUUUGAUCACUGAAGAUUUACAGUCUGUAUCUGCGAGUCAGGGUCAAAGCAGUUCAAACACCAAAGACUUUACGGGGUCAGAUUUGAAGGUGAUGGUCUUAGGAGAGUCCUGGUCCUCUCGCUCCCCAUCUGGUGUCAGCAUCCUGUUUGGAGAGGCGCCCAAACUGGAUGGAUCUUCCUUCAGAACAUGGCAGGGUCAGAAAGCUGGGCGUCGUCUUUCCCUUGUAGAACCACUAGGUCUGAAGUGGCGAGACGGACCAGAUUCAACCCACUCGGUUCAAAGAAAAAACAUUUGUGACGGCGUCUCUUGGUGUCACCCAGGACCUCACGUCGUCCUCCUGCUCAUGCCGGCCUUCUUGACUUGCACACCAAAGUACAGGAGAGCGGUAGAGGAGCACAUGAGUGUGCUUCGGGAUGGAGUUUGGCAACACACGCUUGUGCUGUUCACAUGUGGGGAAUUCUUAGGAGAGAGCGCAGAGCAGCACAUCCUGAGAAACGGAGAGCUAUCGAAGCUUGUAGAACGAUGCGGAGGCAGGUAUCACGUGAUUAGCAACAAGAUGAACAACUCUGUGAUUGAGGGACUAUUGGAGAAGAUGGAGGGUAUGUUAGACUCCAACAGCUGGGAGCAGUUGUAGAGCUGGGAUUGAUUGGACUAUGAAAUUGUCUUAGAAAAUAUGUUUUCAAACUUAUACUGUGAAUAUGUUUAAAUAAAUUUGACCAGUCAUUUA